UGUUUAACGUGACUAGUUUUUUACUCUCUGGCUCUCAGGACGCCCUUAACGUUGAAGAUGUCGGAUUCCGUUAAAAACGUGGUCAUUUUUGGAUCGACGGGAAUGACCGGCCAGGCCACCCUGCCUCUUGCAGCGGCUGCAGACUACAAUGCGACGGUGCUGGUGCGAGAUCCCGCCAGGCUGCCGGCGGACCACAAGGCCUCCAGGGUGGUCGUGGGCGAUGUGCUCAACAAGGACGAUGUGAAGAAAGCCAUGGAGGGCCAGGAUGCCGUCAUCAUCAUCCUAGGAACCAGGAACGACCUCAACCCGACCACCGUCAUGUCUGAAGGAACCAAAAAUAUUGUGGAGGCUAUGAAGGCUCGCGGCAUCCGCAAAGUAGUGGGCUGCAUGUCAGCCUUCCUGCUGUGGGACCGCUCCAAAGUGCCGCCGCGUCUGCUGGCCGUCACCGAGGACCACGACAGGAUGUACGACGUCCUAAAAUCGUCCGGCCUGGACUACGUGGCCGUCAUGCCGCCUCACAUUGGCAACGAUCUUCCUCUGACGGAGCGCUACUCAGCGACGGAGAACUCACUGAAGGGCCGAGCCAUCUCCAAACACGACCUGGGACACUUUAUGGUCAAGUGUCUGUCCACCAACGAGUGGGACGGCAAGGCAGUGGGCGUGUGGGGAGACUACAAUUAAGUUCAAAUCACACCAUUUUCCAAAUCUAAAUAAACAUUUGCUAAUACUAUCACCAUGAACAAAAGCUAUAUUUUUAAAUAAUGACACCAGCCUCUCUUCCAAAUCCACCAUAUGUUAUGAAAUUAAUAUUUGACGUGUCAAACUUUAUCACAAAUGUUGUUUUGUGCAUUUCAAAUAAAUCGAAUUCUGAAAUUGUA